AUGAGCACUGCUCAGAGUGACAGAGCUGCGACCAAUACUGACGCUCGAAAAAUUUUGCAUGGACAUGAGGAUCGAGACGGUCGACGACUAUGCCUGAAAGCCGGUUUCCCCUACGAUGAAUCCGGGGAGAAUUAUUCUGCUAAGGGCCAUAUCCAUGCCGGACUAUGGGUUAAACCACUCAAGGACGACAUCUUCGAAAGGAGUUCAACAAAUUCAGGGCAGGAAUUUUGGGAAGAAUUGACAGGAGCUGAACUCGAGCUGCAACCAGCCGGAGAGUCCGAGACUUGGGACCUCAAGAUCAAAGACUCGCCAUCUGGACCAGAGAUGUAUACGGGGAAGGCACUUUGUUCGAACAAGGGGUUCAGAUACACCUACGACUUCUUCAGCUCACUAUACAACCAUGACCAAGGGGUUGAAGACGCAGGCGAAAGCGACGAGGAGGACUCACAAGGAAGUCUCCUCGAGAUCGCUCACAAGCUAGCAAGCGAGAAUAAGAAAAGUACUGAGGCCAACAACACGUUCGCCAACGAGGAUGGACUGGCUCUAUCGCAAGCAACUGCCAUCUACAAGCUUCACGUCGAUCCACGAACGCUCACCGAGGCCUCAGUGCCGGAUCCCGACUUGCGAGCCAAAUUGUCAAACCUCACCUGGACCGCCGAGGGUAGCGCUCAAGUCAGCAUGAGAGGAUCUCUGGUUGAUAACUAG